AUGGCGGCGACGUCGCUGCUCUUUCAGCUGCUAUGGCCUCUGCUCCUGGGGCCGCUUUUGUCCAACGUGCCGGCCUGUGCCUUUGGGAGCUUGAACCUGGAGGAGCUGAAUGAGAUGCGAUAUGGUAUCGAGAUCCUGCCGCGGCCUGUCAUCGGGGGGCAGAGUCAAUCUUCAGAGGUCGUGAUCGUCUCCUCCAAGUACAAACAGCGAUAUGAAUGCCGUUUACCAGCUGGAGCCAUUCACUUCCAGCGGGACCAUGAGGAAGACGCCCCUCCCUAUAAAGGGCCGGGAGUGCCAGAGCUACUGAAUCCAAUGAGAGAUGCACCCUGCCUAGUGAAAACCAAGGACUGGUGGACGUAUGAAUUUUGUUAUGGACGCCACAUACAACAAUACCACAUGGAAGAUUCAGAGAUCAAAGGUUCUGUUCUCUAUCUUGGAUAUUAUCAAUCUUCCUUCAACUGGGAUGAUGAGACUGCCAAGGCCUCCAAGCAACAUCGCCUGAAACGCUACCACAGCCAGAUCUAUGGAAAUGGCUCCAAGUGUGACCUGAAUGGGCGACCUAGAGAGACUGAAGUUCGGUUUCUGUGUGAUGAAGGUUCAGACGCUUCAGGUGACUACAUUGAUCGGGUAGAUGAGCCACAGUCAUGUUCUUAUGUGCUGACUAUUCGGACCCCUCGACUUUGCUCCCAUCCUCUCCUUCGGCCUCCUCCAAGUGCUGCUCCCCAGGCCAUCCGAUGUCACCCUACUUUACAGCCAGAGCAGUAUGGAGCAUAUAUCCAGGGACAAGUCUUAGAUACAAAGCAGAAAAUCGAAGAAAUCUCCGAGAAGCUUCACAACUCAGACCUUGAAAUGUGGAGUGAGACAAAGUUUGGGGUCCUCGAUACAAAGGGAACAGGUGUGACGCCACCCAAGGGUGACCCCGGAGAAUCAGAUGUCUGGAACAAGCCCAUUCAGACGGAGGAACAGCCCUCUGAAAAGCAAGGGACUCAGGCUGAGGAUCAGGACCCCAACCUGGAGAAGGAAAGUCCAGCACCAGAUCCUCUUGAUGGUUUCCAUGAGAAUGUGCAGGUCAAGGUCAUUCGGAAUCCAGGGGACUUGGUUCGAUUCAUAGAGGAACUGAAAGGUGGGACCAAAAAGGGGAAACUAAACCCGGGCCGGGAAGGAGACGAAGAAAGCGGCUCAGAAACUGCCCAUGAGGGUCCAGAAGUCAAAGCUGAUGGUGUUGAAGAAGAGAGGAUCGAGGAGGAAGAAGCAGAUGAGGAAGAACGACUCUUGGGGGAGUUUGAAAAGGAGCUAGAAGGGAUGCUGCUACCGUCAGACCGAGGCAGGCUCCGGUUUGAAGUGAAGACUGGGAUGGAGAAGGAGUUGGAUAACAUUAUCCAAGAGGCAGAAUCAGAGCUGGAUCCAGAUGAGCCAAGGAGUGCAACAGAACGCAGUCAAGCCUCCCAGGCCUUGGCAUCCACUCUCAACAAGCUCAUUCAGAGGAUGGAUGGAAGACAGGGACCUGACCAGGGGAAGGGGCCCAUGGAGGGUGGUGCUACCCCUCCAACCAGCCCUCCCUCACCUCAGUCCACAGAUGAGGAAACUGAGCACCGGGUCAGAGUCCGGGUCACCAGACUCCGUGCUGGAGGCCCAAAUCAGGAUCUGUCUGUCUUUGAGAUGAAGAGGGAGAAUCCCCAAGUGAAACAUAUAGAGGGACUGGUGAAGGACCUGCUUGAGAGGGAGGGGCUCACAGCUGAAGGUAAAGUGGAGAUCAAGAUUGUUCGGCCAGGGGCUGGAGAGAGUGAGGAGGAGGAUGGACAUUGGCUGUCUGAUGAGGACACCAAGAACCUCAAAGAGAUCUUCUUCAACAUCCUGAUCCAGGGAGCAGAGGAGGCGCAGAAAGAACGACAAAGACAGCGUCAGUUGGAGAGUAAUUACCGACGAGUAUGGGGGCCCCAAGGGGAGGAGGGAACUGGGGACCACGAGGAGUUUGACUUCUGAGAUGCCUUCUCCCCACAGUCACUCUGAAGAGUCCUUCUGAGCCUCUCUAACCUGUCACCUGCACCGAACCCCCAUUUUAGUGUCCCCAGAAAUGGAACAACAGACUGGAGCCGAGCUGUGGAGUCCAGGGGACUCGGGAGGGGUUCUUUCAUCCGGGUUUUGGGGCUGGGGGAGGGGGGAUUUAGCAUGCUAUUGCUACAAGCUGUUUGUAACAAUAUAGGGUUCCCCUCAAAGUUAGGCUAGCCCUUCUCCCUCUCCUGUCUUCCCAACUUUAGCUCUUUCCCCUAGAUCUCCACUCAUCUUUUCCUAGCUCUUUAUCUCACUCUACUCGGAGGUACUGUGGCCUAUUUAAAAAAAAAUUAGAGGGGUAUUUAGGGGAUGGGGGGUGGUGGCCAUUAAUUAACAGGGCUUGAACUGCCCUGAUUGCUCUAUCCUGGGAGUUAGGGAUGUUAUUUGUUUACAAAUAUUCCCCAUAGAAUGUCUGCCCCCUUCCUCUCCCCCUAGAGCAUUCCCCGGCCCCUACUGCUACUGGGAGUUACUUCACUCCCUCAGUUAGGAGGGGGUGAUAUCUAAUUGGAGUUCUUCCAGCAAUUUCCCCAGCUUAUGAUUUGGAGGGUGGGGGUGAGAGGCAGCUUCCUCCUCUGGUUGUGAUGCCAAAGGAGAUGGGAGAGGCCUCUGGCACUAGGAGUUGGGGUUUCCCUAUCCCCUCCUUUUGAAUAAUCAGGUUUCUUAAUAAAGUGAACUGGACCCUGAAACUGUC